UGGUCACAGAUGCUGAGAGGCUGAUGUCUAGCUUGAACUUGUCUCCGUCUUCAGGAUGCUGUGCAACACAUGGCUCUUGGAGCCCCAACCUGUCCAGCAUGCAACAGUUUCCUCAGGGCGCAGAGAUGGUUGGGACCCCUCAGGUGUCCCCUGAGAUGUCUGGGUUCAGUGUGGGUGAAGCAGGGUCACAGUUCGGUGUGGCACUGCCAGACCAUGGCACAAGCUAUAGCUCCCUGACCACUCCCUGGCCUUCUGAUACGUUUGAUUGCUCUGGAGUUGCUCCCUCUCAGCCAGACCCAGUGAUUUAUGGGAAUCCCUCACUGAUGCACUUACAGCCCGUGAUUCCAGGGAUUCCCAGCGGGAGUCUAGGGAUGCAUCCUAGUGGGCUGCCAGCCUCAGCUGCCAGUGGGAUGCCGAUGAUGUCCCACACAGGAAUCCCAGUGAUGUCUUACUCUGAUUCCCUAGGAGUACCUCCUAGCAAUACCUGUUUCACAUCUACAAUGUUCAUGACCCCAACCAUACCUGCCACUGAGGCCAGGGAUAUGGUUCCUUCUCUGGCUCCCCAGAUGUUGCCCCCCAGAGCACCCUACCACCUGGGGAUGCCCCUUGGUGGGUCCCAACCUUUGUUGCCUUUAGAAUCUCAGCCAUCUUUUGUGAGCCAACCCAAUCCUCAGGCAGAUGGCUUCCUCAAGGAGCAGCAGGCACCUGCUUCACAGAAAGCAGACAAGUCCCAGGCCAAGGCCCAGGGAACGAAGCCUGAGAUGAAACCUCCCGUGUCAAGACCUUAUGUAUGCAAGUACCAGGACUGUGGAAAAGCUUACACCAAGCGAUCUCAUCUUGUGAGUCACCAGCGCAAGCACACAGGUGAAAGGCCCUAUACAUGUGACUGGCCGGGCUGCAGCUGGUCUUUCUUCCGCUCUGAUGAACUUGGACGACAUAGACGGAUCCACACCAGACACCGACCAUAUAAAUGUGAAGCGUGUGGUCGAAGGUUCAUGAGAUCCGAUCAUCUCCGACAACACAACAAGAUUCAUCAGCAGAUGUCAGCGUCACCAAAUCCAUAA